AUGAGAAGUUUCAUAGAAUUAGUUUUGUAUUUAAUUUUCGUGAUGUUUUUGUAUAAAAAUAGAAGUUACAUUGGAUAUCACUUAAAGUUCUACUUUUACUACACAUGGGUGAUCACUUUGUCAGCACUUCUUCUGCCAAUCUUUGCUUUGCGGCCACGUAAAGAGAAUUUAGAAAAGGACAAAUCGUUUGUUAUCGUAGCGAAUCAUCAAAGCAGUUUGGAUAUUAUUGGUGAUAUAAUGGAUGAACUGGGAUUACAAGCAUGUUUGGUGAGUUUUAUUAUAAUAAACAUUGGAAACGAUACGGUUUGCAUAAUUACACAACCAACUGAUUCAUUAAUCAAAUCUAAUCAGUCCGCCGAAAUUAUUGAUAAGGAAAGCAAAACAUUCAAAGUUCACAAGGAAAAUUAUUUCCGAUAA